AUCAAAACGAACUUCGCAAAAUUAAUAGCAGCAGCGUUCUGAGGAUCGCGGGAUGGAAGAUGUUAGUCCUGAGGGAUUUGUUCCGUUAAGUCAGAGAAAAAUUCUUCUAGGAAAAGACUGUGAUAUCGAAUCCAAACAAGUAAGUGAAACUGCACAAACGAGGACAGCUGCAUUAAACAGUAAAUGUUGGUCUACCGCUUUUAGUCCGUUGCAGCAGCUUCUGUACAUUUUUUUUGUUUCGUGGCUAGUUGGGAGCAACCCAAGUUUGUUUGGUAUAGUUAUGCUCGCAACCGCAAUAUAUAUGCAGCUACAGUCUUUGAUUAAUGUUCAAAAGUCUUUUUUGCCGUUUCAAGAAUAUUCGAAUACCUUGCCUUUGAACACUUGCAAAUUUGUAUUCGUUCUUUGCAAUAUGAUUGGAAAUUUUGUGCUGUAUCACAGAGUCAAGGCUUUUGGUUUGUUUGAUUUUUUCGAAGGCCAAUCAUCCUAUGCUAUUCACGGUACUAACUUUGCAAGCCGGGAAGAAAUUAUACGUGUUAUUUGGUGGUAGUUUAGUCCUCAUUGGUCACCGAGAAUAUUCUACCUGAAUUACCGUGAUGAGAUACAAGUAGCAGUUUAGUAAUGUUGUUAGUAGUCUUACCAAGUAUUCCUGAAAGUAAAGAGUUUAAUUUCAAA